AUGGCAGACUACUUUAGCGAGUAUUCUACCUUUGCUGGAAACCGGCUGCCGUCACCAGCGAACACUCCAUACGAAACACCGGCCUAUCUCCGCUCGAAACGAUCGUCCCGUGUGAGCUCCUCGCGAGAGCAAUCUACAACGCCUCCACUGCUACACUCGGAUUCCGGCGACGGUAAGGAAAGAUCACGAGACGGCCAUUAUUCCGCCAUGGAUCCUCGUCGAUUUACGCCCACGCUACAUGCGUCUCUGGUCUCGGAAAUCCUGAAUCUCAGAAGAGAGAUUGAUUCAAAAAAUAAUCUCGUGGAGAAUCUGGAGACAGCACUGUCGCAGACACGAGACGACAACGAAUCCCUCGCGGGAAAGCUUUCAGAGAGCGCGAAGGAGCUUCGCAAAGCCAAGCACCAAGUGCAGCAAAUGGAAAGGGGCACGCUGGAUGCUGUCGAAGAUCUGGCCAAGGAGCGCGAUGCUGCAAAGUCAGCGUUCCAUGAGAUUCGGAGCAAGUUUGAAGUGACGCAGAGGAAAACACGGGUGCAAGACGAUGACGCGGUGCGCGCCCAGAGCAUUUGGGAAAGCGAGAAGGAGUCUUGGGACAACGAACGUCGCCAGCUCGAACGACGCGUCCACGUUACGGAGAGCCGACUGCGAGCUGUGCUGGAUGAAAUGGCCUCUCAGCAGAGCCAGGCCUUGCAGGCUGACGAGACGGGGAAUGACAGUGCAUUCAAGGACAGUGGCUUGGGGGAAGGUAGUGAUACGGCAAGUAUUCGGUCGGCUGCACCUGAGAGUCCCACCAAACACCGACGCAAUAUGAGUAGCAUCAGCUUCAAGCCCAGGAAGAUGCGCGCCUCGAUCUCCUCGCGCGGUACAGCCGCGACCCCAGACUUGUACGGACGUUCGGGAAAUACCUUGGCCGACGAACUUGGAAUCGACGAGGAAGACGAAUCCGAUGCUGAUGAGUAUCCGGAUGAGGAAGAGGAUCUGGAUGAGCYCUCUGGCGUACAGCAAACAGUCGACUCUGCACGGGGUAUGCAUAAUGACAUGAUGGCUGCGAAGGCAAACCUUUCCGAGCGAACGGCAGACCGUGCAAGUUUUAUGAUGGAGAUAUCGAAAGGCUUGCCAAGUUUGCAUUCUUCGCAUGAUGUUACGGAAUCGGAGCACCAUCGGCCAAUUACACCGCCCGCGGUCGAAGCCUCCGGAACUGUAUCGCGCGUCAAGUAUGUGGAUACUGGAUACCAACCAUCUCCACCUCCAUCUCCACCACCUCGCGUUGUGGUUGCGCACCACGAUGAUCUCAAGGCCAGUGAUGUGAAAACAGAAACGGCUGACCGUUCACGGGCAGCGGAGGUUAAUCUUGGCUCAGAGCUGCCACUGCCCGCCACGAGGCGUGACUCACGUGUUGUGGCUUCGCCAAUUUCGCCAAUCAGUCCUCCACAGACGCCUGAGGUUGACGAUGGAUCUUGGAGCGCAGAGAAAGCAGCACCCGACGUCGCACUGGUGUAUCGCACAGCGUCAACGCAAACGGAACUCGCGGAACCCCGGCCCCAGACGCAACAAGGUCACACCUCUGGACAGGACAGCUUAWCUCUGCCUGUAUUUGUACCUUCCAUCGCCAUUCACCCCCCCAGCUCACGUCCUUCGUCCCCAAGGCCGUACGCACUUCCUCCGGGCACCAAAAAUGCAGCCUCGCAGGCAAACAUCAGAUGUUCGUACCAGGACGCCGGCAUGCAGACAGCUGAGAUCAGGGUCGACCAACGACCUGUGAAACUUGCUGCUCAUUUGCUGCCUUCACACCUACUGCCCAAUUCACCCUUGUCUGAGGCGACCUCGCGAUCAARACGGAUGGCCCCUGCUGAGUUCCAAAAGACACUUGCCAAAUCAACAGCUGGAUUCCCUGAUCCGGCCUCGGUACCCUUUCAUUUUCCAGCGGACUCUGGCACAGAGAUGUCCCGAAGUGUGAAGGACCUGCGAAAUUACCCUCUCAAGGCCAUGUCUUUGCCGAGACCAGUGCUGUCACCGUUGGCUUCGCCAUCUAUACCUCCACCGGAGACACACAACAGGAACGGCCCACUCAACCGUUCCCUGCAAUACGGAGUGAGCCAGCCGAGGUUAGACCCGCAGCCCCUGGCUGAAGAUGUUGAUCCAUGGUCCGCACAGCGCGGCUAUGAAGGGCAGACACACGAACUUGAAGCUGAUUUUGCUAGUUCUGUACCAGGGCUUAGUAGGCCACCCCCUGGGCGUUUUGGCCUAUCAGAGCCGCCCAAAGCAGUGCCCGAAGACAAAGAAGUUUCACCGGAACGACGUCCGGAUACUGCGGGAUCCUGUGGGAACGCAACCAGACACUCGGUAUCCAACAGCCGGCCGUCAUCACAAUCCCAACAUGUGCGGCAAACCUCCAAAUCUGGUAAAAACGACUCACGCAAAGACCCUCGCUCUCGUAGCCCAAGCUUUGGCAGCAUGGCCUCUAGCAGUCAAAGCGCACCAAUAGCAGCUUCUUUGCCACCCUAUCCUAUUCCCUUGAGAAGAAGUUCUCGCGCCAUCACGAAGCCUCUUAGCGAUGGAUCGCAAAGUCCCCUGUCGUAUGAAUUCUCUGGGCACCAUAGUGGCUCUUGGGGUCAUUCAAGGCAGGUCAGUCUCAGAAAGGUGCAGUCUGCUACCGCUAUGAGGACCAGGACUGGGCGAGUAUCCCCGAAAAAGGGACAUCGGCAGCGCAGACGAGCCCCGGAACUCACACCAGUUCAGUCGAUGGCGUUUGAGGAUCCGCCAAUGGCCACCGACUUUCCUAUUCCCGAGCUACCGACACCCCUUCACGAUACUCUCAAGUACAUUGAGGGCUCGGUGGAUAUGGGCACCAGUACGAGCAGUGCACCUCGGGUCUCAGAAGAAGCGGACCUUGUUGAUGCAAUCGCCGGUACUAUGGUUGGCGAGUGGAUGUGGAAGUACAUCCGCAAACGCAAGUCUUUCGGUAUCGCAGAUGACGCUGAUUUGCCCGUGACCGAUCACAAUGGUUUCAUGAAUAGCACGGGCCAUGGCACCCGCCACAAACGAUGGGUUUGGCUAUCGCCGUAUGAGCGCACUAUCAUGUGGGAUAGCAGGCAGCCAACUUCGGGACCGGCCUUGCUAGGUAAAAAGGGAAGGAAGCUCUCAAUUCAAUCGGUGCUGGACGUGCCAGAUCUGACUCCCCUUCCCAGAAAUCCGGAGCUUGGCACGGCAUGGAACCGAUCAAUCCUCAUCCUCACGCCAGAGCGUGCCCUCAAAUUCACGGCCACCACGCAAGAGCGUCACAAAUUGUGGAUGGCAGCUCUCACUUUCCUGGCCGAGUCGCAUGCGAGCUCUCAACCUCCACAAGGUGAGAACCGCAUCACGAGGGCGAUCAAGGCACCGCCACCCGACCCUUCCACGUCUUUCGACGGCGUGUCGAUCAAACGUCGCCGCACGCCCUCUUUCGGCAAAUCGACCGUKCGASACUCCAUUCGCCUAGCCAAAGGAAAGAAACAGGAUCUUUCUGUGUAUUCCGAUUUGAACUAUGAAUCAGGCAGAGAGGAUGGCGCCGAUUUCCCCUCCGUGCCGCGGUUGUACAUUACCACGAGCCGACAUCAGCGUAAACGCAGCUACACGAAUCCUGGGAUCCAGCCUUCGAUCGAAAAAUUCCGGAGUCUGACCUCCAGCGCCAUUCAGUCCUCUCACGGUGGUUCGACGAUCGCCUCAUCUUACCGACCGAGUGCAUCUUCCAAAAGCGGGAGCCGGCGUGACUCCAUCGCGAGCCCAGAUCGGCCGAACUUCUUCGAAGCGGUCGGGACGGUACGUAUGGAGGCUUUUGUGGAUCCCAACCUACGUGACGGGGUUCGAUAUGUGCCAGCGCCACCACCAACAGUGGGCGGAUCAACUCGAAGACGCCGACAUGAGCGGGAUCUGAGCCAAUCGACAGUCGACAGGCGAAGGGCAGGAUAUGUCUUUGAUGGUUAUGACGAGGAUCCGUUCCACGGCUUUUAG